UUUAAAGCGUAUUAUUUACUUAUAUUUUGUGUGAUUUUUGACUGACAGUGGAGUUUUGGCGACAUCAGUUAAAAGAAAGAACAGGACUCCGAGACAAGAGCCAGAUUAUUCCUUAUUACCAGAAAUAAAAUGCUGAUAUUGGGGACUCAUGUCGCACGUGCAUGAAGAGAAAGCUGGCAUGAUGAUAGCCGCUGGGGAAUUGCAGCCGUUUGUCCCGUUUGGCCGUGAGCACUGUCAACGCCACCCGAGUGCCGUGAACCUCCAGCUGCGCCAGCUGCAGCCUGCUCCGGAGCUCUGGUGCUCUGAUGGAGCAGCUGGUCUGGUGGGCUCCUUGCAGGAGGUCAGCCUCCAGGAGAGAGAGAGAGAGUAUUGGCAGCUCAGGAAGGGCACAGCUAUAAUAACUGAUGACGCUCACUAUGAAGAGGAGCUGUAUGUGGCUGGGCACACAGUUAUCUGGAGCCGUGGCACCAACAGUCAAGCUUCUUACGUUUACAAGGCCUUCACAGUAGACAGCCCGGUUCAGCAGGCCUUGUGGUGUAAUUUUAUUGUUCCUCAGUCUCGGACAGAGGAAAAGGACGUAGUUGAACAUAGUGUCUGCAUAGUCCAAAGCGCCUGUGUGAAUGUGCACACUGAGAGUGGGAAGGACUUUAUCUCUCCACUUCCGUUUCAGGUCUCCACUCUGUGGCCGACUAAGUUUGGAUUGCUUUUUGAGCGCAAAAACAUCACAACUGAUGCUCCUGCUAGUCCCACAAGAGAACCGCUUCCCACCCUCUUUAGCAUGCUCCAUCCGCUGGAUGAAAUAGCUCCAGUCGUGUCCAGGUCCACAGGGUUGUUUGAGUCGCAGAGACUGCAGUACGUAUCUGACAAUGCACUUAGAGUGGUAUUCUCCUGUGAAGAUCCUUCAAUAAUCAUGACCUAUGACACCCUGCAGUGCACUCAUACAAUCUGGGCUCUGCGCAGAGUCACACCAGAGGAACAGUCCACUGUUCUAAAGUGUCCUGGUCAGGAUGGCCCAGCUCAGACCCCUUCAGCUGCACCAACAUUUUUUGGCACUCAUCUAAGGAGCAUGUCUCGGUUAGAUUCACCUGGCUCGCCACUUCAUUGCCAUGCUCUACAUAACCAGAGCCGGAUUCCUGCCUCACCAGUGCUGCACUCCCGUGCCCACUCUCCCAGUAUCUCUAACAUGGCUGCCCUCAGCCGGGCACACUCUCCUGGCAUUGCGGCGCCCUCCUUCACGGGAACACAACGCUUCAAUGUAUCGUGCCACUCGUCAGUGCCUCGUGGACACAGCCUGCUGACAUCCCCCAACAGCACCCUGAAUGAAACUGCUUUAAUGCCUGAGAUGGAGCCCAUCUUGCCAGAUCUCUGCAUCGAGCAUCUGUGGACAGAGACCACUACUACUUACAGGGAGAAGAGCUGCCAGGCCUCCAAAGUCUUCAUCACUUCUGAUUUGUGUGAGAACAAGUAUCUUUGCUUCCUGACUGAAUCCCAACAGCAGCUUAGAUGUGUAAAGUUUCUGGAAAGCAAUGAAACAUCCCAGCUCAUAUUUGCAUCAGUUUCAUCUAUUCCAGCCAAAGAUGCCGCACCUUUAAACGACAUUGAUGCUUUGCUGGUAUUGGAGACGAAUGGCAGCCUGGUCUUAUAUACAGGAUUUACACGGGUAAGCAAAGUGUUUGUUCCUGGCCUUCUGUCACCAACCUUCAGUUUGCCCAAUCCCAUGUCACGCAUGAACACUCCACUGGAGAACAUCAGCACUCCUGCCAAAGCAACCGUUCAACAUAUGAGCAGGCUUGAGGAGCCUGAUAUGCCUUCGCCGGUGUCAGAGGUGAGAAGCUCGGUGCAGCAUCAUGAGUCAUCGUGGCUAGAGGAUUCUCCAUUUCAACAGGCUUCACCGCAUAUUCAGGCCCUGCGAGACCCUGUCAGCAACCGUCUCACGUUGGAACUCAGCAAUGGCUCCCUGCUGAGAAUCACAGUUCCUGAAGUUGCAACAUCAGAGCUUGUGAAGCGAUGUCUGCAAGCCAUUCGGUUUAUUUUGCCCAAGGAUACUGCUAUGAAGGUGCUCCUAAAGUGGUACAACAUCUACAACGCUCCUGGGGGUCCCAGCAUGCAUCUGGAAUGGAAUCUGUUUGUCACAUGCUUGAUGACACUAAUGGGUUACAACACAGAGCGUCUGACUUGGACACGAAACCUUCAUUUCGAGGUACCUCUCUCUCCAGUCAUAGCUCCCAAAAAAGCACGUACAGCAGAUACAGGCUCUGAUGAGGACUGGACUUACCUUUGUAACUCAGACUACCACAGCCAGGUGUCAUUCAGUACGAUGCCAGGCAUGUCUUUUCUUGAAGCACUGGAGUCUGCUAGUAACAUGGAGGAGAGUGGGCAAGCAGUAGGUCUUGAGCCUUCAGCUGUGCUCUUCUCCCAUAUCCCAGCUCUGUUUUAUGUGCUUCAUCUAGUUUAUGAGGACCUAAAACUGGAUGAGCUUCAGUGUAGCAGUACACGUGCACUGGUCGGACUCCUGCAGCAGCUGGCCAGAGACCUGGAGCUAGAGGAAUACAUUGAUCUGUACUGGCGUGAUUACCCCUCAUUCAUCAACAGCUUCAAGGAAGCCUGCGUAAUUGAUAAGGCUCAGAUGGAGUUGAUGCAUUGGCCGGUGUACCUGAAGGGUGAGGUGCCAUGUGUGUUUGACUGGCUCAGCAGCUGUUUAAGAGGACAGGAAGUGACACAUUUCCCCUACUUGCCUGGCAUUUGUGGGAGGACCAAACUGAUUGUUCUGAGCUAUGCACUAUAUGUAGUAGGAGAUGAAAAUGCGGCCUCAGACAAUGUGUCUAAAUACCUGUCCAGGCUCUCGGCAGGACAAAAGAAAUGUGUCAUUGAGCCUUCUUUAAAAAGGCAUAGCAGUGUACAGCAAAAUACUCCACGAGACUGCCUCGCAGAGAAAUUAGUGGUGUGGCUGACUUCUGCAGGCUUUAUGUUAAAAGAUCUGGAAUCUUUGCCUUUCGGUGUGGCACUGCCAAUCAGAGACGCCAUCACACAGUGCAGAGAGCAUCCCUGCUCAGAUUGGUCUGAAGAGGUCUGUGCUCUGAUUGGACGGCAGGACCUAACCAAACAGGCUCACAAAGUGUCCCUGGCCAAAGAAAAAACGACUGUAGGGCUAAACGUGCCACUAGAAUCCCCCAUAACAAGUGAGGCAGAUGAGGAGGAGGAUGGUAUGGCAGAUCUUCAUCCUGAUGUGACAGGUCUGAUCUGGAGCCGUGAUCUGCGUGUUCAGGAGGUUCAGCGUCUACUUCAGAGCUCCAGACCUGUCCGGGUCAAUGUGCCCCAUCUCCCAGAGGUCAGCGACCAUGAGUACAUUGAGGAAAAGGAGAACAAACUUCUUCAACUGUGUCAACGCACCAUGGCUCUUCCUGUGGGCAGAGGCCUCUUUACACUGUUUUCUUAUCAUCCAGUGCCAACUGAGCCUCUGCCGGUACCAAAGCUGAACUUAACUGGUCGAGCUCCUCCCAGAAACACCACGGUAGACCUUAACAGUGGCAACGUGGAUGUGCCGCCCAACAUGGCCAGCUGGCCCAGCUUCCACAAUGGUGUAGCAGCAGGCUUGAAAAUUGCACCAGCAUCACGUGUUGAAUCAGCCUGGAUUGCCUACAACAAACCCAAGAGCACAGAACUAGCUAAUGAGUAUGCAGGGUUCCUUAUGGCACUUGGUCUUAAUGGCCACCUCACCAAGCUGGCCACUCUUAAUAUCCAUGACUAUCUUACCAAGGGCCAUGAAAUGACAAGCAUUGGGCUCCUGCUGGGUGUUUCAGCCGCUAAACUGGGCACAAUGGACAUGUCCGUCACUCGCCUGCUGAGCAUUCAUGUGCCUGCACUCCUGCCACCAACCUCAACUGAACUGGAUGUGCCACACAGCGUGCAGGUGGCUGCCGUGGUUGGCAUCGGUCUAGUUUACCAGGGCACUGGACACCGUCAUAAUGCUGAGGUUCUGCUUGCUGAGAUCGGCCGUCCUCCUGGACCUGAAAUGGAGUACUGCACAGACAGAGAGUCCUACUCUCUAGCAGCAGGCCUGGCACUAGGCAUGGUUUGUCUCGGACAUGGCAGUAACCUGAUUGGGAUGACUGACCUGAAUGUACCUGAGCAGCUCUACCAGUACAUGGUUGGGGGGCAUCGGCGGACACACACUGGUAUAAACAGAGAGAAGCACAAGUCCCCGAGCUACCAAAUCAAGGAAGGGGACACAAUCAAUGUGGAUGUGACCUGCCCUGGUGCCACCUUAGCUCUUGCCAUGAUCUAUCUUAAAACCAACAACAGGUCUAUAGCUGAUUGGUUGAAAGCCCCAGACACCAUGUUCCUGCUGGACUUCAUCAAACCAGAGUUUCUACUUCUGAGGACUUUGGCCAGAUGCCUUAUCAUGUGGGAUGAGAUCCUGCCUAAUGAAGAAUGGGUGACUGGCAAUGUGCCUCAGAUAAUUCAAGAGAACAUUGGACUUCAGGAAGAAGCACUAGCUUCUGAGGAUCUGAACAUGGAAACGUUGGUGCAAGCUCAUGACUAUAUUAUAGCUGGGGCCUGCAUGGCUGUGGGUUUUAAAUUUGCUGGAUCUUCAAAUUCGGAUGCUUUCGACUGCCUGUAUAAAUUAGCUCGAAACUUCAUGCAGUCUCUUACCAGCACUGCAACAUCUACUGCCACAGUUUCAGGUCAGUAUAACCUGCAGACAUGUCUGAGCAUGGUGCUGCUGGCCACCUCCAUGGUGAUGGCUGGCUCGGGGAACCUAAAAGUACUUCAGCUGUGCCGUUUUCUUCACAAGCGCACCUUUGGUGAGAUGAACUAUGGAUUCCACAUGGCUCAUCACAUGGCUCUGGGUCUGCUUUUUCUCGGAGGAGGCAGGUACACUCUCAGUACCUCCAACUCAGCCAUCGCUGCCCUCCUCUGUGCACUCUAUCCCCAUUUUCCUGCUCAUAGCACUGAUAACAGAUAUCACCUCCAGGCCCUGCGUCACCUCUGCGUGCUUGCAGCGGAGCCUCGGUUGCUUGUUCCAGUGGAUGUGGACACUCUAGAACCUUGCUAUGCCCUGCUCGACGUCACCUACAAGGAGACACAGUGGUAUGAGGAGACAACUGUGGAAUUGAUGGCUCCUGCCAUGCUGCCUGAACUUCAUCUUCUAAAACAGGUUAAGGUGAAAGGUCCAAGGUACUGGGAAUUGAACAUCGAUCUUAGUAAAGGAACUCAACGCCUGCAAUCAAUUCUCUCUAGAGAUGGCAUGCUCUAUGUGAAGCUACGCGCUGGACAGCUGCCCUACAAGGAUGAUCCUCUUGGCUGGAAAAGUCUGCUGGCCCCUAGUGUCAACAACAGAAACAUGGAAGUGCGCACUUUUAAGCCUGAAGCUAUAUCAGCCUUUACAUCAGAUGAUGCCUUGGUUUCCUUUGCAAAGUACUUCUGCAGGACUGAAAACCUAAAACAUAAACAGGACACCGUGGCUUUAUUUUCAGCAAUUCUAUACGAAUGUGUGACUCAGGAAAACCCAGAGAUGCUGCCUACCCACAUCUCUAUUGACCAGGUUGUAAAGGCUCUGCAGCAAGGAGAGAUGAAUGGGACAUUCUCUCUGUGGCAGCUGAAGUUGGUGCUGGAGCUGUGUGAGAGCAGGAUAUUACAGCAAAGACUGCGGAACACUCAUAGGCAAAGCCGUGGUCUGCUGCUAAGCUCAGAGUUCCUGCCUGUCAUGAAGAGCUCAGCUGACCAGGCCCUCGAUCGCUGGCUUUGUGACAACAGGUGUGUACUGCAGGCAUACAUAAAUGGCCAGCCUACCAGUAAUGAUGCAGACACCAGCAUGUUGGCCUGCUUCUUGGUCUAUCACUCCAUUCCCAGCUUUAGGAAGAUGGCCAGCACAAAUCUUAAUGGAUGCUCCUCCUUUCCAGAAAUGCUACUGAAGUUCAGACAGUUGGGUGUUCCUGUUCGAGGCCUGUUGCAUCUCAGUCCUCUACUUCCACACUUUCGUGACUCUUUCCUAGCACGUCAAUUUUGCCUUUGAUAGGUAGAUGCCGUGAUCCCAAUCUUCUUCCUUUAUGAAUUGCAGCAGAUUAGCAAACCUCAUCAUCAGGGAAACUUCAUCAUGGAAGAGUUUACUCUAUUAUUCAACUAACUGAAAAUACAUACUAGUGCAUUUAAAAGAUAGACUUAAUAUGUAAGGUGCAUGCAAUAUCUGAUUCUUCUGACCAUUGCAGGAUUGUAGUUAUGUAAAUACUUUGUAUCCAUGUUUGUACCUUUGAUUAUUGUCAAUAAAUGACAUUCAGGA